AUGCGCAUCAUCCACUGGUUGUUUUGUUCUAAUCUGAUCCAUCCAGUCUAUUUGUCAACAGCUUUUCCUCCAAUGCUGCGGUCAUCAUUCUCUGCCCUGGUGCGCCUGCGACUAGCCGUAGCCGCUGCUCCAAGAUCCCAAGCAUCACUCCGCCAAGCUCUUGCCAGCCAUGCGCCAUUGAGCACGGAUGCGCGGUCUGCUGGGUUUGGGCUUCCUUCUUCUUCUGCUGCUGCUGCUGUUGCUGGUCAUCGCCGGUCCAUUUCAUUGGCUGCCGUCUCGAAGGCGGCACAGCAUCCAGCUGCUCCUUCCUCGUCGUCCCGCCUCAAUGCUGCCGAGGCCGCGCCGUCGACGUCCAAGACUGCGCCAUCCAGCGGCGAAGGCACGGCCUCGACGUUCAUGGCGCCCAAGUCGACGCGUGGCGACGAGUCCGCCGCUUCAGCGCUCACGGCGCACGAGUACCAUCGUCUGGCAGACAGCACCCUUCACGACGUGCGAGCAAGCCUGGAGGAGACCAUUGACAAUGCUGGCGAUGAAGUUCUCGACUAUGAUAUUAUCGAACAGAGUGGUGUGAUGACGAUGGCGUUCGGAUCUAAAGGAACCUAUGUGCUCAACAAGCAAGCACCAAAUCAGCAAAUGUGGCUCUCGUCACCCGCCAGCGGGCCUCAUCGCUUUGACUGGUCAAGCACACAACAGGCUUGGAUUUCAACGCAAAACCCAAAGCUGAAUCUGCUUGAAUUGCUAGAGACCGAGUUUGCAUCCCGGAUUGGAUUGCGCGUCUCGUUGCGAUAGAAUGUUUGUCAGAGAGAUUGUUUUCCAACGAUAUAACGUAAUGCUGUUCCG